CGCAUUUUCACGACGUGCCAUCGCUGUUGUUCCCACCGAAGUCGAGCCUUCUUCACUUGGCGAGGACGAGCGAUGGACGUGGACGGGGACGCGGUUCAUGACACACUCAGCAAGGCGGAGAGGGCGGCUGUGGCAGCGGCCGUGAACAUGAUACUCAUCAGGUGUCAAUUGCAGAGGACGGAGGGGAGGAUGAGAACAGCCAUUCGCGCACGCUGGAAGAAGACGCUGCAGUCCAUUUAUGUGGACGAAGAGGGCAGUGGUGCAAUUUGCAACGCUGUCCUUCAGGUGUGCUAUGCCAUGGGGUGUGGAGCGUUUCCCAGAGCGACGCCGAGGUGGUGGAUGAAGCGUCGAACAGGGGGGGUGUGGGAGGAUCUGCGGCAAUGCGACGACGCGACGGAAGACUACUUCAAGGACAAGUUGCGCAUGUCGCCCCGAGUGUUCCGGGAGAUAGCGGAAACUCUGUCUCCCUUCCUUCAACGGCCGUCGGGGGAGACGUACAAGAGCGGGACGUGCAGCUUCGGCAUUGGCAGAAAGUCUAGGUUGGUGGCUGUGCGGGAUGUUACUUCGGCGUUGCUGAGUGCGUACCGCGACAAGAUAUCGUGGCCAACGGGGCUGCAAAAGGCGGUUGUCUUGCGCGCUUUCGCUGACAAGGGUUUCCCCAACUGCCAUGGCUGCAUCGAUUGUACCCACAUCUUCAUCGACAAGCCAACCAAUUGCCCCGGAGAGGACUACUACGACAGAAAACGUCAUUUCUCCGUCCAGGCUCAGGUGGUCGUCGAUCUGAACUUGUGCGUGCUGGAUGUGUUCGUCGGAUACCCGGGGAGCUGCCACGACGUGAGGAUCGUCCACCUGUCCAGUUUGUGGGCGCGUGCGGAGGCAGGGGAACUUUUCACUGGUCCACCUGUCAUGCUGCCUUUCGGUGUGCGAACGAACGACUAUCUACUGGGCGACAACGGUUACCCCCCCUCGGAAUGGGUAGUCGUCCCCUACGGUGGUGUAUCACAGCACCCGUCGGAGAUUCGGUUUGACAACAAGCAGAAGACGGCGAGGGGAGCAGUCGAGAGGGCUUUCGGCAGAUUGAAGGGGAUGUGGAGGUUGUUCCUUCGCUCCCACAAGACGAACAUGGAGACGUUGCCGCAGCAAUUCGUCGCCGUCUGCAUUCUGCACAACAUACUCAUCGACGCGGGCAUCCCGUUCGACGACAAUCUGUUGUGGGAGGUCGGGCCUGACGGUGUUCGUCGCAGGGUGGACCUUGGGAUGCACCGCCCGUUGAGGCAGAUGUGUAUGGAGUCGUCGACGGGGGAUGCGCUGAUCCUGCGGGAUGCACUGGCGGAGCGAAUGGGUACGCAGUGAAGACGAGCA